GACGCGUUUCUUCAGUUUAUACCGAGAGCUCGAACUUUUCACUGUGCCGUCCGCCUGACGUUUGCUUUAGUUUUGUUUUUUUCCGCAUAAAUGGAGUGCUGUGAAGUGUGAUUACAACCGACUGCACAUAACAUAACAUUUUUCGGUUCUCCGUUUUGCGCUCCGCGCUCGCACUCUCUUUCUAUUAUUAUUUUGUUUCGCACGCGGGGCCUAAGCUGUCAUUUUUCGAAAUUAUAUCAAAAAGGAAAAAGCUUCAAAAUAAUUUCCGCGUGCAAGUGUGAGUGAGCAGUGUUUGAGCGUGUGGUAUUGGUGCAUGUGUGCACCGUGUGCAGUGUUUUGGGUGCACACUGUAAUCCGGGUGGAAUUACGGAAUUUUCCAGCCAAUUCGCCUGUCAUUCCGCCAUUAUGGAUACGUACGUCAAAAAUCUACUCAACGGGUGGAACCUGCCGGAGCUGAUCAAGGUGUUUCAGGAGGAAGAAAUCGAUGAGGGCGCAUUCAAGUGUCUCAAGUACGACAUGAUUAAGGAGAUAAUCCCAAAGGUGGGCAAGCGGGCCAAGUUCGUCCAGAAGUACGAGGAGUACAAAGAGAACCUAACGGAACGGCCGGCGUUUGGCGAGCUGCAGCUGGAUGAAAAGGACCGUUCCUCACCCGCCACAACCAAAAAACCCUCCAACAUCAACUGGCCCCGCAUCGAGCGCGUCUGCGGCACCGUGCCGAUCUACCUCAAGAACCUGCUCAAGAUGUGCGGCUACGAGCAGGAGAGCAGCCUGCGCAGCCUCAACGACGACGACUUUGUGGACAUGGAGCGGUUCGCGCGCGAGGAGCUGAUCCACCUGGUGCCGCUGACGCAGUUUUACUUUCACAUCUUCUGCAACGAUCCGGCGCGCGAGUUCCGGCUGGUGCCCGGCCACCGGAAAUUGCUGCUGCAGAUGAGUGCCUACCUGAACUACACGACGGCAGCGAACGAGCUGCAGCGGAUGGAUCCGAUGAUUAACAACAACAACAAUGGGAGUGUGGUGAAUCAUAACAACGGGGGAAGCAAUCACCACAUUAGCAGUAGUCGGAUGGAACAACGGCCGGUGGCCGUGGAGCGGAUGGAGCGAAUGGAACGGGUUGAGAGGCCACCGGUGGCCGUUGCGCCUGAGAGGACUGUGGCGGACAUGAGUUUGGUACGGGAGUUGAGGGAGCAGCGAGCGUUGAUGCAGCAACUUCAGCUUCAGCAGCACCAGCAGCAGCAGGAAUUGGCGAACCAGAUGCCGGAAAUGCUCCAGGAGCACAUUCCGGACAUCAAGACGAUAUCGGUGAAGAACCCGCCGUUUGCGUUUGAACAGGCCACGGUCUAUCCACCGUUGAGUGACGAAGCCCGCGUCAAGAAGAUCCAGAACAUCAUCAUCAAGCUGAUCGAGAUGUGGAGCGACAAACAACCGAUCAAGCUGCAGCUCACCGAGGAGAUGAUCAACGUCACGUACGAACUGAACGGGUACAACGCCUUCAUCAAGUGCCCGAUGUGUGCCGUCCAGAUCAAGGUGUCCAAACUGCCCACCAAGAAGGGCGACCGCUUCGUGAUCUCCAACUUUUCCAAGCACGUCAUCAAGAUGCACUUCUCCCAGCAGCAGCAACAGCAACUCUCCCAAUCCCAGCAGCAACAGCUCAACGACAGCAGCAGCCGGUCCAGCCUGGACAAUUCCGCCUUUUACGGAGGAGAGAACUCCGACUCGAACAACUACCCCUUCGACGAGUUCCAGAUCAAGCGGGCCCGGCUCGAGGAUGAAGAGGACGAAGAGGGGGAAGUUCUGCCCCAGAUGCUGCAUCCCUACGUUAGCAUAAAGGACGAAGUGAUCGACCUGGACGCGUAGCUUUAGCUCCCGUGUACUGAAAGAAAGAAAUAGCUAAAAUUCGAAACUCACUAGGCGAUAAGAUGGAGGAAUUUAUUUAAUACAGGACAAAACAAACAAAAGAUUCUAUUAGAUGUUAGGAGAGCGCGCGAUUGCGCAACAUUCAAAAGACUUUACACCCACGUUUAUUAGAUUGUUUUUUUCGUCGUUUAGCUUUAGUUGGUGCACGAUCCAAGACAGACAUUCACACAACGUGCGUGUAAAUAGGCUGACUUAGUUAGUUAUUUAGUUUUUUUUGUAUACCGAUUAGCAUUAUACACCGAUCGAUUCCGACAUAUUUUUUAAAACCAUUAUUAUCAUCUUCCAAUUCCAAUAAAUUAUGCACUCCCCACAUUUCAUAUAAUGAAAGCAAAUUGAACAACA